AUGGCCGCUGCAAUCUCGCUGGAGGCCGGCGGGGGCCUGGCCCACGACCUAGGGUCCGCAGCCGUCACAGCUAGUGUCGCCCUCGCGCUCCUCAAAUUCUUCGAGGAGCUCGCGAAGCGCGGCGUCUUCGAGCAGAAACUCAGCAGGAAACUUGUUCAUAUAAGCGUUGGGCUGGUGUUCUUGCUUUUUUGGCCUCUUUUUAGCUCUGGAUGGUAUGCUCCUUUCCUUGCUGCGCUAGCACCAGGGGUUAACAUUAUAAGGAUGCUUCUACUGGGGCUGGGACUUAUGAAAAAUGAGGCUAUGGUUAAAUCAAUGAGCCGCUCUGGAGAUUACAGGUCAUGGCACUCUGGUAACUGA